AUGGGAACCGUUUUCAAACACUAUAGUGAACAAGAUCUUAAACAACUUACAGAAAUAGAGUUAAAUAAAUUAUUAGAAAACGAAAAUAAAUUAUUUACCAGUAUAGGUUCAAAUUUACAUGAUAAAGGUGAAAAAAUAUUAAAACAUAUAGAUUUAAUUAAUAAUAUAAUAAAAGAAAAAAAACUAAAUAAUAAUAGUAAUAAUAAUAUUUUAAAUUUUAAUAAACAAACCAAUAAUAAUUUAAAUAGUAAUAAUUAUUAUAAUAAAAAUAUGGAAAAUAAUGUUUUAAAUUCCAUGGGAGGGUUAAACUUACAUGAUAGAUCAAGUAAUAAUAAUAAUAAUAAUAAUAAUAAUAUUAAUAAUCAACAUCACCAUAUCAAGCAAUUAUCAGUUGAAGAAUCUUCACAAAUUUUACAAUCCAAUAUUAUAGAUUCAAAAAUUUCUUCAUUGGAUAAAAAAUUCAAUGAAUUUGGAGUUGAUUCACCAAAUUGUAAUAGAAGAAGAAAGAAUGAAAAUAGUGAUUCAAAUAUCUUAGAAGAUGAAGAGUUAAAUGAUAUCUUAGAAGAUGAAGAGCAUGAUUAUGUAAAUCCUGAUGAUAUCGAUGAUGAAGUUGAUUCAAUAGAUCCAUUCGAUGAUGAGCCAUAUGACCAAGGUUUUAAUUAUAAAUUACAUGAUGAAUUUCAUUAUUAUGACGAUGAUACAUAA